AUGAAGGUGCUCUUGCUUGGCGCUACCGGCAAUGUCGGCAGCCGUGCACUGCCAGCCCUGAUCAAACACGGCCACACCGUCAUAGCCUACGUCCGCUCGCCUGCCAAGCUCGCGCCAGAGCAGCGAGCUGUGUUGGCCGGCGUGGUCACGGGAUUGGUCACAGACAAGCCGGCGUUGAAGACUGCCAUCCUCGCCCACAACUGCGACGCCGUCUUCCACGCCGCUGGCCUGGCGCAGAUGUGGGGCCGCUCCCAGACCGGCGAGUACAACACCAUGUUCGCCACCGUCGUCGCAGCCAUUGUGGAAGCCCGAAAGGAGCGCCGCGGGCCCGCAAUCCGCGCCUGGCUGAUGUCUGGCUUCCCCAUGCUGGACCUGAACAGCGCCAUCCCGACACGGCUCAUCGGCGACUACAUGCCCAUGUUUCCCGAGCACAGGCAGAAUCUGGCCCUCAUCCAGGAACAAGAAGAGGAGGACAUCGCCUGGUCGCUGUUUUGCGCCUCUCAGCUGACUCCCAAGCACAAGGAAGCUCGAAUUCCCGCGCCCGACGACUGCUCGGCGGCCAAUGUGGUGGCCGGCGCCGGCUCGCCCCCCGAGUGGCGGGACACUCUUGCCUGGGUGCCGCUGAUCGGGCCCUACUUGAACAUCUUGAGCCAGGCGGGUGGCUACGCCACUUCCUCAGAGGAUCCCCUGGACUUCAUUGCUGCCGACUUGGAGGAGGGGAGACAGAGCGAAUUCAUCGGAAAGAAAGUAGGAUUUAAGCUGAAGAGGAAGAAGGCUACUUGA